AUGCCUCCAUCUAAAUUACAUUCAUAUAAAACGAAAACCACGCAUCACACUACCUCCUAUCCAUUGAAAUCAAUUGAUGAGACAAAAAUUUAUCAUUGUCAUACUACUACUACUACUGAUAAUACUAAUUUAAGUAGUACAGCUGAUUUCAAAUCAUUUUUUGAUUAUACAAAAAAUCCUAAUCCACCAAACAAACCAAUUCAACUUUAUUAUCCAUUGAAACAUUGUAAAAUUGUCAGUGGUGGUGACGCUGAUGCGGAUGCGGAUGCUGACGCCGAUGAUACUAAUGUGAAUAAUCAUAAUCAUGCUGCGGAUGGUGACGCUGAUGCUGAUGUUGAUGUUGAUGAUCAUAGUGAGAAGAAUUUAUUGCAUAAAUCAAUAAAUGGACAACAACAACAUGAGAAAAUGAUGAUGAACAGCAAUAAUAAUACUGUCAAUUUAAAUUCCAUGAAAUCGAAAUUACAAACAGCUCUGACAAAAUUAUCAAAACCAAUUAUCAUUCAUAGACAGACUAAAAUAUUGCGAUAUGCUGCAUCAUCAGAGUAA